AUGUCUUGUAAUUUUACUUCAAGCAACAAGUUCUUUAAUUUCAAUUCUUUGUUACCAUUCCUCUAUACCUCUUCCCGCCUCUCCUCCACCUCUUCCUCCACAGGUUCUCUCGGAACCUUAAUCGGGCCCGGCUCCAUCUCCAUAUUCGGAAGAAUAACCGGAUUUUUUCAGUGCGAUUGUGGGGCAAUUGCGGUAUAUAAAGUGGGGGUUCUUCAUCCAACUUUCUUCACCAUUAUGACUCCCAACCCAUCUUUAGUGCUCAACAAGGUCAAUGACAUUACCUUCGAGACCCUCGAAGCUCCUACGCUUCUGGAACCCAAUGAGGUGAUGGUCGAGGUGAAAAAAACCGGUAUUUGUGGAAGUGAUAUCCACUACUAUUCCCAUGGAAAAAUCGGCGAUUUUGUUCUUACCCAGCCAAUGGUUUUGGGUCACGAGUCCGCAGGUGUGGUUACGGCGGUGGGCCUGAACGUGAAGUCGUUGAAGGUUGGAGAUAGGGUGGCUAUUGAGCCCGGAGUGCCUUCGCGGUUUUCCGAAGAGUACAAAAGUGGGCACUAUCAAUUGUGUCCCAACAUUGUAUUUGCGGCAACUCCAGACCCCAAGCACGGGUCUCCUAGUCCUCCUGGUACCCUCUGUAAGUAUUACAAGUCGCCAGAAGAUUUUCUUGUGAAACUUCCAGACUGCGUUUCCUUGGAGUUGGGUGCGAUGGUUGAACCACUUAGUGUCGGUGUCCAUGGGUGUAAACAGGCCAAAGUCACGUUUGGCGACGUGGUAGUGGUCUUUGGAGGAGGUCCGGUUGGUCUUUUGGCGGCAGCAGCUGCAACCAAGUUUGGUGCUGCCAAAGUCAUGGUGGUCGACGUCAUUGACGACAAGUUAAAAAUGGCUUUGGAAGUUGGUGUGGCCACCCAUACGUUCAAUUCCAAGUCUGGAGGUGCUGACGAGCUUGUCAAGGAGCUUGGCGAACACCCAGAUGUUGUAAUUGAGUGUACCGGUGCUGAAGUGUGUAUCAAUUUGGGCAUUGAGAGCUUGAAAAUGGGUGGUCGUUUUGCUCAAGUAGGCAAUGCCACUCGUCCCGUGAGCUUCCCAAUCGUUGCAUUUUCGUCGCGUGAGUUGACUUUGUACGGCUCGUUCCGUUACGGAUACAAUGACUACAAAACCAGUGUUGCAAUCUUGGAACACAACUACCGUAAUGGUCGUGAAAACGCAGCCAUAGACUUUGAAAAGUUGAUCACCCAUCGAUUCAAGUUUGAGGAUGCAAAGAAGGCAUACGACUACAUUCGUGACGGAAACGUGGCAGUAAAAGUUAUUAUAGAUGGUCCCGAGUAA